GGCUGGUUUGUGGCUUCACCCUGCACUGUUGAGUCACCUCUCUAGCGAAUGGAUUUAAGCAAACUGAGAUCAUGCAAAAUAGGAGAGUCCUGUCUCAGCAAACUACCUAGUUGUUAAUUAACCAGUUGGUAGUGUUAAUUUAUCCAUAACUGUUGCCCAGGACUGGCGACCGUCAAGAUAGCGCUUUGCCAAUAUGAUGGAGGAAAUUGACAGAUUCCAAGUACCUCCAGUCAACGGAGAAACGCAGCCUUUGGACCCAGCAGCCUCUUCCACCACAGAAGCAGACUCUGACACAAGAGAAGACGAGACUGUGGCCAUGAACUACAAGCCCUCGCCACUCCAAGUGAAAAUAGAGAAACAGAGGGAGCUCGCCAGGAAGGGAUCAGUGAAGAAUGGCACUGUGGGAAGUCCUGUCAACCAGCAGCCCAAGAAGAACAUGGCUCGAACACGGUUGGUCGUGCCAAACAAAGGGUACUCUUCUUUAGACCAGAGCCCAGAUGAGAAGCCGUUGGUAGCACUGGACACUGACAGUGAUGAUGACUUUGACGUGUCGAGAUAUUCCUCGUCGGGAUACUCCUCAGCCGAGGUGAGAGGUCUGAGGGACCAGCAAAUAAACCAGGAUCUCAACAUCCAGCUGCUGAAAGAUGGCUACCGGCUGGACGAGAUCCCUGACGAUGAAGAUCUGGAUUUGAUCCCGCCAAAGUCUGUCAACCCCACCUGCAUGUGCUGCCAAGCCACUUCCUCUACAGCCUGCCAAAUACAGUAGCCUUUCCUUAACCCGCCACACACACACAC